AUGAAUUGGACAAUCCCCAUCUUUGUCUUUUUGACUACCAAUCUCUGGAGUCUCUAUGGGGGAAUCCCCUAUACAACUGUCCAGCCGUCUGGCUCUUUUCUAGAUCGCACGAUUGGAUCUUUUCAAUUGGCCAGUACCAUAUUCACCCUAGGCCAGACAAGGGAGCACUUGAUGAUUCAGACUAUGGAGGACGGAAAUGGAAACAAUGUUCGUCUCACAAUGCCUGUUUUGCAGUAUCUGGAUCCUCCGGUACAGUCCGAUCAGCCUCCGGUGACCAAGGCUGAUGCCGUCGAGAACCAAAUUGAGCUUCUCAUCAACUGGCUAAGAUCUAUCUCAUCACAGACGUCGAUUCCAAACACUCAAGUCCCCAACAAGACUCCUAUACCUUCCAUCUCUACAGGAGAGUACGAUUUCCUCGCAUUUGCGCUGGUCUUCUUUGGCAUUAUCGUUCUGCAAACAAUCGCCCUUGCGGAUUUCACCCGACCUCAGCAAGACCUGCAAUUCGAAAUUAGAGAAAACAUCAUUAAAAGCCGGAAGGAAUUCCAUGGUUUCAUGACAAAUACAUUCCCCAAUAUAGUCGGUGUCAUUCGAGGGGUUUCAGCAGAAGUUCAACGAGGCGCGCAAGAAGAGCUCCUAUAUAUACACCGAAGCAUCCAAAAUCUCCAAGACAUCCCACAUGCUUUCUCCCAGCUUUCUUACGACCUCCACGAAGGUAUUCAAGCGCAGUUCACCGAAAUUUGCACAACUCUGGAAAAAGGUAUCCAGAAAGGAUUUGAUGAAGUGACCACCGACCUGAUCAAACUCCAGACCGAAUUCAGACAAACCUGGGCACAAGAAAGGGCAACAUCCGUUCCUUAUGAGAACAUGCCUGGUGCUGGCGAAAGCUCCGAACUGGAUGUAUUCUGGAGAGAGAUCUGGACGGAGAUCAAUAAUGAUUUCAAACUCACUGUGGAGGGGUUCAAUGUGAAUCUGUACAAGUUGUAUGAUAUCGUCAAUGCUUUCCAGGAUCAGUUUCAGAAUCUUCCGACUAUGAUGGCUGUUGAAUUGACGAGGGCUUUCAAUGCGGAGAUCAAUAAAUAUGAGAUUGAUGUCAAGGUUGAGAAUGCGGGCUCUGCUGCUAGUGCUGAGCGGUUGGCGUCGCGGUCGAAUGGGUCGGAGGAUGGCCAAGAGAAUCAGACGUUUUCGGGUCGAGUGGAAGAGGUUGAGACGGGGGAGGAGGAGCAGGAGAGCUCUACACCCCAGGGAUCCUCGUCAGUUGGACCGGAGUAUGAGCAUUCGGAAUUUGUAGCGACGAAUGAAGGGCAAGCGGGUUCGCAGGUCGAUGGAGCGGAGGAGAACUAG